AUGCGUUCAACAAGAACAGUUAAAUUUGCUGAUACAACAACAAAUAAUAAUAAUAAUAAUAAUAAUGAUUCUCGUGUUGUUCUUAAUGUUGGUGGAAUGAGAUUUGAAACUCAACGUGCUACAUUAAAAAAAUUACCAGCUACACGUCUGUCAAAAUUAACACCACAGUUAUCCUAUUAUGAUCCUGUAUUGAAUGAAUAUUUUUUUGACCGACAUCCAGGUGUUUUUUCUCAAAUACUUAAUUAUUAUCGUACAGGAAAACUUCACUAUCCAACGAAUGUUUGUGGACCAUUAUUUGAAGAUGAACUUUCAUAUUGGGGAAUACAACGAGAAGAAGUUGAACCUUGUUGUUGGAUGACAUAUACAAAACAUCGAUCAACACAAGAAACACUUCAAACACUUGAUUCAUUAGGAUUAGAAACAGCACGAUCGACAACAACUGAUUUAAUAAAAAAAUUUGAUUGGGAAAAUGAUUUUCAUUUCAUAACAUCUGGUCAUUUACCAAUAUAUAAACGUAUUAGAAUGAUUAUAUGGCAAUUAUUUGAAGAACCAAGAUCAUCAAUAACAGCAAAAAUUAUUUCAUUUAUUUCAAUAUUAUUUAUUCUUUUAUCUAUAACAACUUUUGUUAUUCGUACAUUAUCAAUAUUUGAAAUAAUUGAAUAUGAUUUUGUUAAUGUUUAUAUUAAUGAUAAUCAAACUGAACAAACACCUGUACAUAAUUCACAACGAAGAGAUACAAUUUCUGGCUUUGAUGUUAUUGAAUGGACUUGUAAUUCUUGGUUUGUAUUCGAAAUUAUUCUACGAUUUAUUGUCGCUCCAUCAAAAAGAGUUUUUUGUAUAUCAAUACUUAAUUGGAUUGAUUUUCUUGGUACAUUUUUAUUUUUUUUUACUUAUAUCUUAUAUAAUGUAUUCAAUUAUACUGGUCAUUAUGCAUCAUUAGAUCUUCUAUCAACAAUACGUGUUGCACGUAUGUUUAAAUUAAUUAAUUUACAUCCACGUUUAAAAAUAAUAACAACAACAAUAACAUCUUCAUCAGCAUUAUUAAAUUUAUCAAUAUUUUUUUGUUUACUUGCAAUUUUAAUAAGUGGUUCAUCAUUAUAUUAUGUUGAACGUAUUAUGAAUCCAUCUGAAAGUCAAAUAAUAUCCGUUAUUGAUGGUGUAUGGCUUGCAUUAACAACAAUAACUACACUUGGUUUUGGUGAUAUUGUACCAAAAUCACUUCUUGGUAUGAUACUUGGUGCAAUUACAACAAUAUUUGGUGUAUUAAUUAUUGAUAUACCAAUGCCAAUCAUUAAUGAAACAUUCGAUAAUUUUAAUAGACAUUUAUUAGCUAGACAACAAUUACCUAAACAACGACGACGUAUAACACCAGCUGCUAUACCAAGAAAAAUAAAACCAUUUGUACCACCAAAUGGACAUGUACAUCAACAUGAUUGUUAA